AUGGAGCCCACCACAUCAGACCAUGAGCCCAAAACGACAAAGUGGGAUGAAGGCCAGAUUUACGUCAAAGCCUGCCACAACGCUACUAGGAAGCUCCUUGUCUGCCUCCUCUCUUGCUCCAACGAGAAGAAAUUGAACCUCACCACCGCUGGCCUAGACUUGUCCUCCGGUGGUUCCCCAGACUAUGGCCCACGCUUUGUGGAGCCAUUUUCCCAUGAUAAAAUGAGAGAAUACGUGGAGCGUGAACAGCCUUGGGAUGAACGGGACAUCCAUAGUCUCAAUAUCCUCGAUAUUCCAAAGUUGUACAAAUACCGGCGGUGGAAUAACGCGGUACACGUGAUUGGGGUUUUACACGGUACUCUGAACAAUUUUUGGGGUUACGAUGCGCCGUAUCGAAUAGCUGAUGAGGAUAACGAGCUCGGCUCUGUGUAUCCGAUGCAAGGCCAAUGGUACCUCGAAGGCUGGACAACCGCGAAGGAUACAUCUCAGCCCCAUAUCAAUGCCUUCGUAGCCGAUUCGCAGCCCCACCGUGUUGGCCGCCUCAACUCAGGUGAGGUAUCUCUUGCCUAUGGUUUGAUCGCCAAGCGCCGACUCCAGGAGGGAUAUAACGAUCACCGAUACAUCCCUAUCACCAUGUUUUCCGUGUCGGAUUUUACCGUCCGCAUCCUUCAAAUCUGGCACGACAAGCAGAACCCCAAAGCCCUCCAAAUCCGUUCAUCACGGAUCAUGGACUUCAAGGAUGGUGUGCAGAAUAACUUGGAUGACUGGGUUACCAUCCUGUGCUGGAUGACAGGAGAACCAGUCGGGGAUACGAAAAAUGGAACUGAAGUUGUGAAAGUGAUUGAGCAAGAGGAAUAG